UAAAGACACCCAAACCCCAAAUCGCGCCUGACUGUUUUACUUUCGCUCGUUUUUUCGCUAGACAAUUCCAACUUCAAGAAAAGACGCAGCGAUGACAGAUGCGGCUGCAGAUGAUAUUGUUUGCGAGCCUGCUGGGCUUGAUCUCGGGCAGGGCCAGGGCCUGGACGGUGUAGAGCCUGGUGAGGAUCUUGAGGAGCUUACCCUACCUCUGGCGGACGAUUGGCACAUGCACUUGAGGCAAGGCGAUAUGGCCCGUGUUGUGGUACCUUUGGUCCGAAGAGCGGGCGUACAGCGUGGAAUCGUCAUGCCGAAUACGAUACCAGCGGUAACUACGACCGCGAUGGCACUAGAUUAUAGAGCAGAGUUAUGCGAACUCGAUGACUUGGUGGACUACAAAAUGUUGUUGUACUUGUCGCCGGACCUCACGCCAGACGACUUGCAAAAAGGGAAAGACAGCGGCUUGGUUACAGGUGUUAAAAGCUAUCCACGCGGAGUGACAACAAACAGCGAUGCAGGGGUGGAAAGCUACGAACAGUAGUAUGAAAUUUUAGUUUUUUGAACUGGUCAAGAAGAUUGAUUGUGGUUUAAAGAACAACGAAAACAGCAUCCUAUUGAGCAAGCCACAUCUUUAGGAAUUAUAAUUACUCGUUUUAGCCCAUCCAACUUCUGGCACAGACAGGUACUACCCGCAGUUCCGGAAAAUGGAGGAGCUUGGCUUAGUUCUUCAUUUGCACGGCGAGGUGCCCGGGGAAUGCGUGAUGGAGGCAGAGGGAAAAUUCAUCGGCGAAUUAGAGAAGCUUGCUCGAGACUUUCCAGGCCUCAAAAUUGUGAUGGAACAUGUAAGCACGAAAGCAGCAGUCGAAGCAGUUCUUCGGUUGGGGCCGAACGUUGCUGCAUCAGUGACUGCACACCACCUCGAUAUCACCAUUUAUGGAUUUUUUUUCACCAUCCUGUCCCUGUGAGAAGAAAGUGGAAUCUCUCUAGAAGUCACGGGCAACUAGAAGAUGCACUUGCAUCAGGAUAAUGAGAAACUACGCCGUUAAUGUAUCGACCAGGUGGUAGGCUGCUGCCACUACUUCUGCAAGCCGGUGCCGAAGUUGCCGAGUGACCGAAAUGCACUGAGGCAGGUCUUAAUUUUGCGCUUUAUUUCCAAACAAGUUUUUAUAAUUUUGAUGAUCAUGAAGGACAGUCCUGUAUGAAUGCAUCUCUUCUAAUUUAUCAUCUUGUUGUUCGCAAAACGCAAACAGGUUGUUUUUUCUGGGCACCCGAAAUUUUUCUUCGGGUCCGACUCGGCACCUCACCCACGGUCGAAAAAAGAGGGUGGCGUAGCCGCCGCGGGUGUGUACACCGGCGCGGCUGUCAUCCAGUAUCUGGCCCACAUCUUUGGAGAGGCAAGACAGUUACAUCGACUCCCAGACUUCGUGGGAACGUUUGGUGCGACUUUUCUAGGCCAUCCGCUGAAUCUUAUGACUGGGCCGCGAAUGCGCAUCUUCAAAAAAGUUUGUCUUGUUCCGGACACGCACGGCGAAGAAAUUCUAGGAAAAGAGAACGCAGUCGUACCUUUUCGCGCAGGGCAGGUGCUGGAUUACCAAAUAGAGAUCCUGGACUAAUAAUAGCAGCUGUGAAAACCUAAAGAUGCUCGAUCAAUCAAGCCUGCAUUACAACAAGAACUGGGGAGGUUCAAACAAUACGCUGACUUUGCUGCCAUGUUUCGAUCGACUGCGAGGACGAAGGGACAAUCAAACAAACAAUUAAUGAAAAGCGCGCUUCUUGUUAGAUUCUGCAAUUUUUUAUAAUUAAUUUUUUAACAAUUUUUUACAAGCUUUCUCUAAAGCAGUCAGCUGUUCCUUAUGAUUAAAGGCAUCUCGUGUUUGCGAGAAACUUUUUUAGCAUCAGGAAUACACACAUGGAUGUACGUAAUAUUACCCCAAAGAAAGGAUUCACUAAGCACAUUGUGGAGGGUGCCUGUAGUGCGCUUCGUGGUGUAAUUUUUU